AUGGAGGCAGCACUACCAGUAGAAUUCCACGAGGACUUCGAGCCAACCGUCACGAAAUUUGCGUGCAAGAAAUGUCGCUGCAUCUUGUUCACGAGUGAUGCGCUCAUGCUGCACACGCCAGAGCAGCACGAGAUCUCUACGCGUAAGAAACUCAAGGACUUUAAGCACCACAUCGGCGGUCACGUCGACUGUUCCUCGUAUUUCCUGGAACAGAUACUGCCCUGGAUGGAUGAGACUCUUUUGGCCGAGGGUAAGAUUCAUUGUCCUACAACCAAGUGCCAGUCACGUCUCGGUGGGUUGCAGUGGUCCGGUUCCCAGUGCUCAUGCGGCACUUGGGUCACGCCGAGCAUCAAGAUAACCAAGAGCAGAGUAGACGCAGUCAUCAAGAAGCACAACAACUUGAAUAUCGUAACGGGUGUGAUGCUGUCGAAAGUCUCCGAGACUGAGGCAGUGGAGAAGACCGAAACAAGCAGAAACACUUGA